AACUGUGCUCAGUAUCAGCGCUUCUCAGCUGUGAAGCAGGGGAGCAGUCUAAUCCAUCAGAAGACAAAUGGGCUUCGGGCAGGACCUGCGCUGCCCGCAGGGUCACGCUGCCCUCCUGAGACUGCUGGACUCAGAGCUUCAGCUGAUGGAAGUGAUGAAGAAGUGGAUGGGUCAGCGGGCCAAGAGCGAGCGAGAGUUCUCUCUUCAGCUGCAUCAGAUGGCGCUCAUGGUGGAGAAGCUGGACCGACCUCAGCCAGGUUCUGGACUGGACCAUAUCAGCCAGCUGAACAAGUCCUGGAGCGUCCUGGUGUCUCAGACAGACAGCCUCAGUCAGCUGAUGAAGAAGUCCUCAGAAGACCUGCUCAGUGGCCCUGUCAACAAGCUGGCGUUGCUCAUCAGAGACAAACAGCAGCUCCGGAAAACUUACGCAGAACAAUGGAGCCUGCUGAGGCAGGAGCUGAGUAAGGUGACCCAGGCAGAGCUAGACAGACUCAAAAACAGCUACAAAGUGGCAUCAAGAGAAGCGGCACAGGCCAAGAGGAGGUUCCACGAGGCCAUCCGAGACAAGGAUAGAGAUAAAGCCAAAGAGCGAUACGUGAAGGCCACAGUCAAGCUCCACGUGCUGCACAACGACUACGUGCUGGGUGUGCGAGCGGCUCAGGUCUACCACCACCACCACUUCAGUCUCCUCCAGCCGGCCCUGCAGGACGCACUGCAGACGCUGCAGCAGGAGAUGGUCCUGAUUCUGAAGGAGAUCCUGCAGGAGUACUUUGACAUCUCCUCGCUGCUCCAGCCCGAAGUGGUGCAGAUUCACAGAGAACUGUCUUGCGCCAUUUCCUCCAUCGAUCCCUGCAGUGAAUAUCUGAGCUUCAUCCAGCAGAACAGGUCCGUGGGCGAGGAUCCUGUUGCUGCAGACUUUGACACCAGUGUCCUGGACGAGUCCGAGUCACUCACUCGUGAAGUGGCCCUGAACGACCUGACUGUGGACUCGCUGCAGCACAAACUCACGGCGUUAGAGGAGCAGCUUCUGGUGCUGGCUGCCACUCUGGCGUCGCAGCAGUCCUCGCUGGAGCAGCUGGAGCUGGAGCUGGAUGGGGAGAGAGAGGGAGUGAAGAAAGGUCAGAGGCUCUAUCAGUUCAGCAAGAAGCACGCGCUGGAGGAAUGUCGGCAUCAGGUGGCGCUGUCUCAGGGCACCAAAGCCAAGCUGGAGGUGCAGAGGCUGAUUCUGAAGGAGAAGCUGGACCAGCUGGGCUUCAGGGAGCCGCCCUCGGCUCUGUAUCUGGACGGAGACACGCCGCCGCAGACGUCCAAGACAAGUAACAGUCCAGCGUCUGCCAAACUGCUCAUGGAGGGAAUCUUGAACAGUCGCAGUGCCUUGUUCAAAAACCCCAGGCCUGAGCAGGAGGCGGAGCUGCCUCUGGAGCAGCAGGGCUGGUACCAUGGCGCCAUCCCCAGGCCGGAGGUCCACCUCCUGCUGGAGCUGGACGGCGACUUCUUGGUGAGGAAGAGUCAAGAGAAGCCAGGAUUCGUGCUCUCUGUGCACUGGAGCGGCUCCUGCAAGCACUUCCUCAUUCAGAACGUAGAUGAUUUGUACUGCCUGGAUGGAGACCGCUUCCACAGCAUCCCGCAGCUCAUCCAUCAUCUGCUCUCUUCACGCCAGAACAUCACCAGGAAGUCUGACAUAGUUCUGAAGAAAGCCGUGCUGAAGGACAAGUGGGUCAUGGAUCACCAAGACGUCAUCUUGGGAAACCUCAUUGGACGGGGGAACUUCGGCGAGGUGUACAGUGGACGGCUGCGCUCCACUAACCUGCCCGUGGCUGUCAAGUCCUGCAAGGAGAACCUGGCGCCCGAACACAGGAGCAAGUUCCUGAUGGAGGCCAGGAUCCUGAAACAAUACGACCAUCCGAACAUUGUGAAGCUGAUCGGGGUGUGCACUCAGAAACAGCCGAUCUACAUCAUCAUGGAGCUGGUCCAAGGUGGGGAUUUUCUCUCCUUCCUGCGACAGGACGGAGACAGGCUCAAACCCAAGCAGCUGGUCAAAAUGACGGAAAAUGUAGCGGCCGGCAUGGAGUACCUGGAGAAGAAGAAGUGCAUCCACAGGGAUCUGGCUGCGAGGAACUGCCUGGUGGCGGAGCAGAGCGUGGUGAAGAUCAGCGACUUUGGAAUGUCCCGUCAGCAGGAGGACGGUGUCUACUCCACAGACGGAGGUCUCAGGCAGAUCCCCGUCAAGUGGACCGCACCGGAAGCGCUCAACUUCGGUCGGUACACUUCGGAGAGUGACGUGUGGAGCUUCGGGGUUCUCCUGUGGGAGACCUUCUCCCUGGGCAUGACCCCCUACCCCAACAUGAGCAACCAACAGGCUCGAGAUGAGGUGGAGAGAGGGUUCCGGAUGCUGCCUCCACGGACGUGUCCAGAAGAAGUCAGCCGGCUCAUGAGCAGCUGCUGGAAGUACGACCCGAUCGAUCGACCGUCGUUUAAAAAGAUUAGAAAUGAGCUCAUUUCUAUUUACAACAGGAUCACGUGACACAGGUCCGCCACCGGCCAACACCUCGGUUUCAGCAGUCCGUCAUAUCACGUGUGUGAUGACAAGAUGUUAUUGUGGUUUCAUGAAAUCAUUAUAAUGGAAACCUUACUUACAAGCUUUAUAAACCUUUAUUAUCUUAUUUGAAAACUAUUUUGGUCCAGUUCUUAGGUACCUUAAACAUUUUCAUAAUUAUACAUAUUAUAAAUAUUAUAACCAGUACAUGUUACUGCAUUAUUAUACAAUAUUAUUGCAUUGAUUUUAUCAAUUGAACUAUCCAUAGAAUUCGUUAUGAAGCACAUAAAAUGUCAAGGGUCUCGACAGUCAAAUUCAAAUAAUCUCAUUUGGACAGCAGGUGGCAGCACUGUGACGCAUGAGCAACACAGUAAACGCAGAAGAGAAUCAGCGGCUCCUGCAGUUCUUUGUCACACCACCAUCAUCGCACGGUAACUGCUUGCAUGACAAGGUGGACGGUCACAGUUUAGUUGGUACUUUCAAGCCUUAUCUGUUUAGUUCGUUGUGUUUUGUAAAUUAUUUGUCUUCGUUUUUAAUGUAUUUAUUGAUCUUUAAACGGGUUUUUGAGCUGACCUUUAUGCCAGGAUCUUAUUUUAUCUUUUC